UCAAACCCGAAAGCAAAAAACACACAACGUAGAACAACGAAGAGGGCCACACCAGCCAAUUCGUAUCACGCGCCUCCACCUCCACCUCCACCUCCACCUCCACCUCCACCUCCGAGUCCUCUAGAAGAUGGAACCGCCCAAGGCAGAAACCAAGACAGAGAACGAGCAGAAAACGCAGGAGCCGGUGUUGAUGCAGGAACCGAGCCCAAAACCAGAUCCGAAGAGCGGGGAUCAGAAGCAAGAAAAUAGUGCGUCGAGUGGGGACGGGAAUUGGGCCACUUUUGUGGUAGGAUCGGAGAAUACGUCGCAAGCUGAGACUGAAAAGCAGAGUCAGGUUCAGAAUGAGGUAUUGGAAUCCGCGGACAGUACGGGAUCGGUGAGGAAAUCGGUGCAUUGGAACCCUGAAUUAGUGUCCGAAUCUGCUGCGCCCGAUCAUAUAAAUACUCAUAGCCGCAAUGUCAUUGACGAGUCCAAUCCCUACGUUUCCUCCUCACCGGCGCCCGACUCUUCAUUCUCCUUCAAAGAAACGAUGGUGUCCGUCCGGGAUACGCUGGGGAGAUGGGGAAAAAGGGUCGGAGAAGCGACUAAGAAGGCGGAAGAUCUCUCAAGAAACACCUGGCAACACCUGAAAACAAGCCCUAGUUUCACUGAAGCUGCAUUGGGAAGAAUUGCUCAAGGAACAAAGGUUUUAGCAGAAGGUGGUUAUGAGAAGAUAUUUCGACAAACUUUUGAGACAGUAGCUGAGGAGCAACUCCAAAAUUCAUUUGCCUGUUAUUUGUCCACGUCAGCUGGUCCAGUCAUGGGUAUUUUGUAUGUCUCUUCUGCAAAGCUAGCAUUUUGCAGUGAUAACCCUCUUCCAUAUAAAUCUGAUGGGAAAAAUGAAUGGAGCUACUACAAGGUAGUUAUCCCAUUACAUCAACUUAAAGCAGUCAAUCCUUCAACAAGCAGAGUAAAUCUUGCUGAGAAAUAUAUUCAAGUAAUUUCUGUUGAUAAUCAUGAAUUCUGGUAUAUGGGCUUUUUGAACUAUGAUGGUGCUGCACAAUGUUUACAGGAAGCUCUGCAAACCCAAAACUUACAAUCCGUAUGAUUGUUGCCCGUUUCGAUUCAAGCUUGCACUAUGUAGAAAUGCUUUGGGGCAGCAUAUGAUGCAAUGCAGAUGCCCUAUUUGAGAGCCCUUUUUCAUGUGCAAAUCGAACUAGGUAAUCAUAGAAGUAGUAUAUUUGAUUUUUUUUUUUGGAGGAAAGGUAAAAAAUAGAGUGUUUAAAAAUAUAUAUGAGAUUGUUUCUCAUAUGGAAUCAUGUAGCUGACCGCAAUAUUGUUGUUUGGAAUAAAGACAUUGAUGAAGGUGAUGAUGAUAUCUAGAAAAUGAAUGCAGAUUCACUUUCUUUCUUUUCAUCAUAUUGAUGCUA